AUGGUGAAAGUCAAACUUUUCUCUUUGAUGCUGUUGCCUCUAUUCUUGGCAGUGGUGAACAGUGCCAUGGAGGAGACUCACUUCAGGCCUCACCCCAAAGUUGGUGGCCCAUGGGCUCGAGGACAGCGCUAUGCUGAGGGGACCUUCAUUAGUGACUACAGCAUCACCAUGGAUAAAAUCAUGCAACAGGACUUUGUUAACUGGCUUCUGUCCCAGAAGGGGAAGAAGAACAAUUGGAGACAUAACAUCACCGAAAGAAAAGCUGACAGUACAGAACUAAUGAACCAAGACAACUGGGACCUAAAGAACACAGAAAACUGGAGCUCCCUAUUUAAGGACUCCUUCCCAUCUGAGGAUCCUAAGAAUAAGAGAAUGAAGGAAUUGGCACUGGCGUGGUUGAUUUUGUCUUAAGGUUUGAAUGAUUCAGCCUAAACACACCUCUGGGCUUGAUUCUACUGGCAGAAAAAUUUCCAUCU